CGUCGCUCGGUGAAAACGCGCCACUAAUGUGAUCCAGGCAGGUCCUUUUCAUUUAGAAUUUCGAGAUGGCUCGUGGACCGAAGAAGCAUUUGAAGCGUCUCAAUGCCCCGAAGGCAUGGAUGCUGGACAAAUUGGGUGGUGUGUAUGCACCACGUCCGUCCACGGGUCCUCACAAACUACGGGAAUCGCUGCCACUUGUUAUAUUCCUUCGUAACAGACUCAAAUAUGCCUUGACCAAUUGCGAGGUCAAGAAGAUCGUAAUGCAGCGCCUGAUAAAGGUUGAUGGCAAAGUCCGUACGGAUCCUAACUAUCCAUCUGGAUUUAUGGAUGUGGUGACAAUUGAAAAAACUGGUGAAUUCUUCAGAUUGAUCUAUGACGUUAAGGGUCGUUUCACCAUCCAUCGUAUUACAGCCGAGGAAGCUAAAUACAAACUAUGUAAGGUUAAACGGGUUCAAACCGGUCCCAAGGGUAUUCCAUUCUUGGUAACACAUGACGGAAGAACAAUUCGUUACCCGGAUCCUUUGAUAAAAGUAAAUGACACCAUUCAAUUAGACAUUGCUACUGGCAAAAUCAUUGACUCCAUUCGAUUCGAUUCCGGUAACUUGUGUAUGAUCACGGGAGGUAGGAAUUUGGGACGUGUUGGUACCGUUGUGAGCCGAGAACGGCACCCUGGGUCUUUCGAUAUUUGUCACAUCAAGGAUUCUCAAGGACACAUGUUUGCAACUAGAUUGAACAACGUGUUCAUUAUAGGCAAGGGAUCAAAGGCAUACGUUAGCUUACCGAGGGGUAAGGGAGUUAAACUUUCAAUUGCCGAAGAGCGUGACAAGAGAUUAGCGGCCAAGGGUGUAAACUAAUGUAUGUUUUCAAAGAAAAACUCCAAUAAACCAGGAUUUUCUUGGUAGAA